AAACAAACGAAUUAUAAAAACAAUCGGAGAAAACAUGGAAAUUGAACUGGCCAUUUAUGAAGACUGUUUGAGUUUAAUAGAAAAAUUCGUGGAGAGUAAUCAGCCAACGUUUAAAUCCUUUUGCCAACAGUGGCAAAAGGCAAUGUUCCAACAUAUUUAUGCAAUUCAAACAACUGUCAUAGAAGUCAUCCAGACAACUAAAACAAUAUUACAUCUAGCUAAACGUAUAGUAUGUGCCAAAGAUGCAUUUGGAAAACUUGAAUUUGAACACAAUGAUAGCAGUCAAUUUGUUCGUCGUAUUGGCGGAAUGUAUCUUAUGUACGCCGUUUAUUUUAAACAACCCACGAAACAAUAUGUAAAAAUACUUACGAGUUACGAAACUUGGCAAGAUUUGUUAACAUUUAUCGAAUCUCUGCCAAUGAACAGCAUGACGGUUGAAGUACGGUACAUGUUUUGGCACUUAUACAAAGAAGAUGCUUUCCGUUUUACAGCCUUAGAUUAUGAUGUGGGUUUAGAAAAUUUAGUAGAUUAUGAUACAAUAUAUAACAUACAUAAUGGAAUUAAAUCUGAUGAGGUCGUAAGGGUCAAGUUAAAGCAAAAGCUAAUAGCCGUUGCCGAUACUGAAAAAGUUCUACCAGACAUGGUGGCUCUUGAGGAGGAAUAUAAUAAAACAAAGAAAUCCAUCGCUGGAGUUAAUAAGUCUGCAAAGGCACUUCCAUCAACAACUAUAUUCCAAGAUAUUCAAGACGCACUCAAGAUUAUACGUAAUGUUUUAGACGAAAAAGACAGCCAAAACAUUUCAUCGUCUAAGAAUAGAUCAAACCAUAAUGAAAAAAGAAAAGAACUUAAGCGAAAAGCUGCUGGCAGGUGCAACGACGCAACAGAUGAUGAGGUACCAUUAGAAGAAGACAUAUCUAAACAAGCAGAGACGAAAAGACACUUCGGCAGACCAACUGUUAGACAACUUAUGACUCAAAAGUUGCCAGAAAAUAUAUCAGAUGAUCUUAGAAAUUCGUCAACUGAAGAUGAGGACAAUGUCGAAGUUCAAGAAAGUUUUGAGCUGGUGCAACUUGAAACAGAUAGUGAAGAGGCCAAUGUAAAAAUGCAUGAUACUUUUGAGCUCUUGGAACUUGAAAAUGAUAGUGAAAAUGACGAUAACCAAAUUUUCUAGACGAUAUAAAAUAAUUUACUCGUAAUCUAUUUUUUAAAAUCGUUAUACAUACACAUCUGCUCAAAAUAAUAGAUACACCUAAUUGGAAAAAAUUUAAAUGGCGGUAACAUUGAAAAUUUCCUCGCAAGCGUUAAGAAUACAUCAUAUUA